UUUCCUUGUCCCUGCUUCAACCGUUACUCUCUCUCUCCUUAAACCCUAAAACUCACUGAAAACCCAUAGCAAUUUCCCACUCUUUUGAUCCUCUAUACUUUUAUGCUUUCUUAACUUAUUCAUCUUCUUAGUGUAGUUUCAAGAUGUCCUUGACUAUUCUUCAAUCUGAAUCGCGUCGAAACCCUAGAUUGACAUGGGAAGGUUGCAGUGUUUUGCUUGACGUCAAUGAUGGUGACCGCUUGGUUUUUGCUCGACUUUCUCCCGCCUCUACGCUGAAAAUUGGGAACAAAAGUUUCUCUCUUAAGCCUUUAAUUGGUUGCCCAUUCGGUUCCUUGUUUCAAAUUGAAAAUGGAGGGAAUGGUCCAGAGCUGGCUCGCGUUAUGCCUUCCAGAGAAGAAGAAGGCAUUAGCUGUCAGGAAACGGAGGAGAUGAAGGAAGAGCAGGUGACAAAAGAUGAGCUGAGAGAUAACAGAGCGAUUGUAGACAAUAAUAAGGCACAAAGUCUCUCUAGUGAAGAUAUUGAUGCAAUGCGAAGUCAGGGUGCAACUGGUGAUGAAAUUGUGGAAGCUCUCAUUGCCAACAGUGCAACAUUUGAUAAGAAAACAGUUUUCUCUCAGGAAAAAUAUAGGCUCAAGAAACAAAAGAAGUAUGCUCCUAGGGUACUUUUGAGAAGACCUUUUACUCGAAGUAUAUGUGAGGCAUACUUCAAGAAAUAUCCAGCUAGAAUUGGAUUCUUGCGUUUGGAUGCUUUAUCUCUUCUUCUUUCAUUUGGCAAUGUGACUGCAAACUCUGAUGUCCUUGUGGUUGAUAUGGUUGGUGGUCUUCUCACUGGAGCAGUGGCUGAGCGCCUAGGAGGCAAAGGCUCUGUUUGCAAUACAUAUGUUGGAAAUACUCCAAACCCCAUGGAUAUAGUAAGAAUAUUCAACUUUGAUGAUGAAAUUUGCUCGAGGAUAAUGCGUUCAUCUCUUGCCGACCUCACCUCAUCCCAAAUUGAACCUACCAAGCCUAAUGGUGAAAACGAAGACAGUGAGCAGGCAUCUCAACCUGUUAGUAUGGACGAAAGCCCUCUACCAUCUACAGACCAGUCCUCAGAUCUCAACUCAGAGUCUAUAGUUUCUCCAUUGACAAAAGUAUUUAAAUGUGCAAAGGCUGGAGAUAAGGCACCGCCAGAAGUUAUUAAUUUAUGGAAGGAAAACGGUUUUACUAGCCUAAUAAUUGCUGCACCACAGUCGGAUGCAUGGAGUCUUGUUAAAGAUCUGUUACCUCUUGUAGCUAACUCUGCUCCAUUUGCUAUUUAUCACCAGUAUGUUCAGCCGCUUGCAACUUGCAUGCAUAAACUACAGCUUGAGAAGAUGGCAAUCAGCUUGCAAAUUUCAGAACCUUGGCUUCGUGAAUAUCAGGUUCUUCCUUCGAGAACUCAUCCCUUUAUGCAGAUGAAUGCAUUUGGUGGAUACAUUCUUAGUGGGACUAAGAUAUGCGACCGUCAAUAACAAUUUCAAUGUGUCGCCAUUUUAGUGCAACUUUAAAAUGCAGUGAAGGUGAAAACCAAAUUUUGCCAUGGGCUUGUAUUUCAGCUUCUCUUAAUUAGUUUUGUAUCUUUCCAUUUUUAUUUAAUCACUAGGAUUACACAGCUCAGUAAACAUCCUUUUUCUUUUAAAUUAUUUCACAUAAAACCCAUGUAUCAAUUUUAUUAUUAUGAUUAUGAAAGGGGGAUCGAGGCACGCUAUCUCUACAUUUAGGUUAAUAUUU